UGAAGCAGUGGCAUAGCUUUAUUCACGUGCUUUCUCUGCAACUCUUCCAUUAUUGGCGAAAGGGAAAGGAAAGGGCAACGGAAUGGAGGACAUGGACUGGCUAACCCAGCUCCCGGAGGAGUGCAUCUCUCGCAUCCUCGCCCUAACGCCGGUGAAGGACGGUUGUCGAGCCGCCGCAGUCUCCCGGACCUUCAGAUCCAUCGCUACUUCCGACGCUGUUUGGGAAGCUCGGCUGCCCUCCGACAUCAAAGACGUCAUUUCGCAGUCGUCAUCGCCGUCGUUGCCGGAGUUUCUGAAUUCAUUGUCAAGGAAGGAUCUGUACUUUCAUCUCUCCGAUCAUCCACUUCUGAUCGGCACCGGAAACACGUUUCAGAGCUUCGGUUUGGAGAAAGAGAGUGGGAAGGUGCGGUACAUGAGAGGAGCAAAGGACUUGAAGAUCGUGUGGUCUGACACUCCCCAAUAUUGGCGAUGGGAACAUGACCCUCAAUCUAGGUUUGGUGUAGUGGCCAGGUUGGACCAUGUGUGGUGGCUUGAAAUAGAAGGCAGGAUUGAAGCAAGAAAGUUGAGUCUGAAAACAAACUACGCAGCACAUUUUGUGUUCAAGCUUACGGAGGAGGCACAGGUGUUCGAGAGGAAGCCGGUCAAGUUGCGGGUUUAUUCUGAAGGGGACGACACCCAAGAAGCAAAGCAAGUGCUGUUGGAACCUCCUGAAGGAGCUCCCACUCAAAUUCGAGAAAGACAAGACGGGUGGAUUGAAGUUCAUAUGGGUGAGUUCUAUAACGACUUGGGAGACGAUGGCUCCAUUAUUUUCAAUCUACAGCAGCUCGCUCGUAGCCCUUAUCAAGGCUUGAUUGUCGAAGGAAUUGAGAUCCGACCUGUAAACUGAUAUCAUUGUUCAUAUGCUUGUAGCUCCUCCUUUAAAUAAUGCCAAGGGGAAUAUGUUGUAUAUCAGCCCCUACGCCAUCGAAUUUAGACCUAUAAAUGGAGGUUGUUUGAUGCUUUUUUAGGCUAUUAGCUUUUCCUCUCGUGUUUC